AUGUCUCCCCGAGGUGUUCGUAUCGCGAUUGACCGCGGCGGAACCUUCACAGAUGCAUGGGCAGAAGUGCCCGGGAGGCAAGACCACAUCGUUUUCAAGAUUCUCUCAGUGUCACCUGGAGAAUACGAUGAUGCUCCCACAGAAUGUAUUAGACAGAUUCUCGAAAUAGCCACCGGCACCUCAAUCCCCAAAGGUUCAUUAUUGGAUCUAGAGCCCAUCGAGUCCAUUCGCAUGGGCACCACAGUCGCCACAAACGCAUUGCUAGAACGCAAAGGCGACAGGGUUGCAUUUGUCACGACCAAGGGACUGAGAGAUGGUCUUUUGAUCGGAAAUCAGACCAGACCAGACCUAUUUGAUCUUUCUGUUCGCCGAUUACAGCAGCUUUACGAGACUGUGGUGGAGGUGGAUGAGCGAGUCACCAUUGAGGGUUUCAGCGAAAACCCUGAGCCCGAGCACAUUGAUGUCUCUUCCGACCCAGAUUUAGUGACCGGACAGACAGGCGAGGUAGUCAGGAUCCUCCGAAGACCCGAUCUUGAAGUUGUGCGGGGCGAUCUCAAGAGAUUACAGGCGCAAGGGUUCAAGAACCUGGCCAUUGGGUUUAUGCACUCAUAUACUUUCCCUGAUCAUGAGCUUCAAGUGGCAAACCUCGCCGAGGAGAUGGGAUUCAAAGUGUCUGCAUCCUCAGUAUUACAGUCCAUGGCCAAGUUUGUUCCUCGAAGCCAAUCCGCCGUAGCGGAUGCGUACCUCACACCAAUGACAUUUGCCUAUCUGGAGAGCUUCCGCAAGGGGUUCAAAGGGCAUCUUGAAGAUGAAAGUGCAAACAAGCUUCUGAUCUGUCAGUCAGAUGGUGGGCUUACCAGCUGGACGAAGUUCACCGGACUUCGAGGCGUGUUGAGCGGUCCUGCCGGUGGCGUUGUUGGGCUGGCGAGGACGUGCUACGAUGAUGACGAUGGCACUCCUGUCCUAGGCUUUGAUAUGGGAGGUACCAGCACGGACGUAGCUCGGUACUCAGGCUCCUUAGAACACAUCUUUGAGAGCACCAUAGCUGAGGUGACGAUCCAAACUCCCCAGCUAGAUAUCAAUACAGUAGCCGCAGGUGGCGGUUCUAUCCUGUCUUGGGAGAACGGUCUUCUCAAAGUUGGCCCCAGCAGCGCUGGCGCAAAUCCUGGCCCAGCUUGUUACGGCAAGGGAGGUCCUCUAACAGUCACGGACGCCAAUUUCCUCCUAGGGAGAAUCGUUCCCGACUUCUUCCCUCGCAGACUAGAUCUCGCCAUUGUCAAAGACAAGUUUGCCGCUCUCACAGACAUUGUGAAUAACGAAAAGGAAGCCGGUGGUGACAGAUUCACGCCAGAGACGCUCGCUGCUGGAUUCCUUGCCAUCGCCAAUGCUACCAUGACCCGACCUAUCCGGACGCUCAGUGAAGGUCGUGGCUACGGGGCUGCCAGUCACAAUCUAGGCUGCUUCGGUGGCGCCGGCGGACAGCACGCAGUGUUCAUUGCCCGGGAUCUUGGCAUCAGGCGCGCCAUUCUCCCGCGAUACUCGAGUAUACUUUCAGCAUAUGGUAUGGCACUGGCGGAUGUUGUCGUCGAAAAUCAAGAGCCUGUAGCACUUACCUUCUCCGAAAACGUUUUGGAAGAACUAACGGCACGUCUCACAUCGCUGGAGCGACGAGGUGUGAGUGACUUGUCGGCACAAGGAUUCAACCAAGAUAGCAUCGUUGAGCACGAAUGUUUUCUCAACAUGAGGUACCAGGGCAGCGAUACGUCGCUGAUGAUCCCAAAGCCGGAAAACAUAUCUGAGUUUGGUGCAGCUUUCACGGCCAGACAUUCCCAGGAGUUCGGGUUUUCCCAGUCUCGAGACAUCUUAAUCGACGACAUUCGUGUUCGCAGUGUGGGAAAGUCUCGAGUCUUAAAUAUCUCCAGCCCAUUCAAAGAAUUGAACAAAUACGGAUCGGAUGGGCUCACACCAGUUCCAACUCCGGUGUUCUCUCGUAGCAUCUUCUUCGAGACGUACGGAUGGACUGAGACUCCCGUGUUCCAGGUUGGUACUAUCAGCGUUGGCGUUCACAUCAGUGGUCCCGCGAUGAUCAUCGACAAAACCCAGACGAUUGUCGUCGACCAUCUCAGCAAGGCCAUCAUCCUCCCUGAGCAUGUGGUUCUUGAAGUCAGCAAAGCAGAAAAGCAGAGUGUGACUACCGAAUCUGUCGAUCCCGUCCAACUCAGCGUGUUUGGCCACCGUUUUAUGACUGUUGCCGAUCAGAUGGGUCACACGAUGAUGAAGACGUCAAUUUCCGUCAACAUCAAGGAGAGAUUGGACUACUCUUGUGCAGUCUUCUCCGCGGAUGGCGGCCUAGUCGCUAAUGCACCACACAUUCCUAGCCAUCUCGGCUCUAUGAGCACUGCAAUCGCGUAUCAAGCGCAGCGGUACAAGGCCGGUGAGCUGAAGCCUGGUGAUGUUAUCAUCAGCAACCACCCACAGGCGGGCGGGACUCACCUCCCAGACAUCACAACUAUAACACCAGUGUUUGAUGAUGAAGAGGAUCCGAAGGAGAUCAUCUUCUUCGUUGCCAACCGUGGCCAUCACGCUGAUGUUGGUGGCAUCGCCCCUGGUUCCAUGCCUCCUAAUUCAACGGAGCUAUGGCAAGAAGGAGCUGCGAUCGAGUCCUUCAAGAUGAUCAAGGAGGGUGUCUUUGAUGAAUCUGGACUCCGCCAUCAUCUAUUCGAUGUUCCUGGAUCUUACCCGGGCUGCAGCGGCACACGUACAUGGUCCGAUAACGUAGCCGACCUAAAAGCCGCCGUGGCCUCAAACAAGAAAGGAAUCGAGUUGAUCAGAUCUCUUAUCAAGGAAUUCACUUGGCCAGUUGUUCAACUGUAUAUGAAAGCCAUCCAGGAUAAUGCUGCUCAGUCCGUGAGAGAGCUUUUGAAAUCGUUUGCUGCUCAGUAUAAAGAUGGCGUUCUUGAGUCUACCGAGAUGAAUGAUGAUGGCAUUAUUUUCAAGCUCAAGGUGACGAUUGACAAGGAAACGGGCGAAGCUGUUUUUGACUUUACCGGAACUGGCGCAGAGCAUUCUGGAAAUCUGAAUGCGCCGCCGACAUGUUCCUAUUCAGUGAUUAUGUAUUGUCUUCGAUCCAUGAUUUCGGCCGACAUUCCUCUCAAUCAAGGCUGCCUGGCUCCCAUCAAGGUCGUCUGCCCAGAAAACACCAUCCUCUCUCCCUCGCCUACAGCUGCCACGGUCGGUUGUACAACUGAAACAUCUCAAAAGCUUGCCGACUUGAUUUUCCGCGCCUUUAAUGCCGCAGCUGCCUCACAGGGUACUAUGAACAACCUCACAUUCGGUUGCGGAGGUACCGACCCCGUUACAGGAAAUGUCACCAAGGGCUUUGGAUACUAUGAAACCAUCGCCGGCGGUGCCGGCGCAGGACCGGGCUGGCAUGGUGCCAGCGGCGUUCACACACAUCUGACCAACACGCGGAUUACCGACCCCGAAAUCUUCGAGAAGAGGUAUCCCGUCAUUCUGCAUGAAUUUUCUAUCCGCAGAGGCAGUGGUGGAGAUGGCAUGUAUCGCGGCGGAGAUGGGUGCGUACGUGACAUUGAGUUCAGAGUACCGCUUCAGGUGUCCGUGUUGACAGAUCGACGGGUGACUGCGCCGUAUGGGUUAGAAGGCGGCCAGGACGGUCAAAGAGGAGAAAACAUCUGGGUUCGAAGGGACCCAGUGACGGGCACAACGAGGAAAACCUCUCUUGGCCCCCGGAAGACUUCUCACUUUGGAGCGGGCGACCGUAUAAUCAUUCUCACUCCGGGAGGUGGAGGUUAUGGGCACGUGCAAAAGGGCAGCCCAUCGACCGUAGCUCAUGGUGAGAUCAGACAUGACAACUCUAGAUCAUUGAGAACGAAUGGGACCCUGGCGUUAAGAAGUCAGAUUGCGGCUGGGAACUAA